GGUUGUAAUUUUGAAAGACCUUUUUAUAGUUGUGUAAAUAGUUGUAAAUAAGUUGUUUAAAUUAAAUAUGUCGUAUGAUCAGCGUCGCAUUACGCGUUGGUAUUUCGGUGGUGUGGCCAGUUCAAUGGCAGCGAUGGUUACGCAUCCGUUGGACUUGCUGAAGGUAUUGCUCCAGACGCAAAAGGAGAAAUUAUCUCUUGCGGAAACUACCCGUAAAAUUGUACGUGAACAGGGCGUAUGGGCAAUGUAUAAUGGUAUUUCAGCCUCUCUACUACGCCAAUAUACCUACACUUUAUCCCGUUUUGGUUUCUAUACCGUUGGUGCCAGCAUGAUAGACACCACCUCGAUGAUGAGCAAAGUCCUGUUGGCCGCAUCGGGGGGCGCCGCUGGUGGAUUUAUCGGUGCUCCAGCAGAUUUGCUCAACGUGCGUAUGCAGAAUGAUGUAAAGCUGCCGCAAGAGCAACGAAGAAACUACAAGCACGCCAUUGACGGACUUGCGCGAGUCUGUCGCGAAGAGGGCUGCUCACAUCUGUUUAAUGGCGCCUCCAUUGCUGCGACGCGUGGUGCUUUUAUGACCGUUGGCCAAAUUGCUUUCUAUGAGCAGAGCAAGGACUUUCUUGUUGCCGCAGGUUUUCCCAGUCGAAUGGACACGUACAUCUUAGCAUCGAUAAUAUCGGCGAUUGCGGCAACAGCGCUUACCCAGCCCAUCGAUGUGGCCAAGACGCGUCGCAUGAAUGCGCGUCCUGGUGAAUACGCAAACAUGGCAGAUGUGUUCUACAAGACUGCCCAGGAGGGACCCAUGGCAUUUUUCAAGGGCUCCAUUCCGGCGUUUGCACGCCUGGGACCACACACGGUAUUGCUGUUUCUUUCGCUCGAGUAUUUGCGUACGCGUUUUGGCUAUUUACCUAAGGAUGUACAGCUUCGGCGUUACUAAAUCGACUUGUCUAGUUCUCAUAGCCUUUUUGACUUGUUAUAUAAGUUAUAUUGUGUCGGACUGAAUAACA